AAUGCGAGGGUAUCGUGGCACUUCUGCUGGCGAAGCGACUUCCUCACGUAUACCGACGACGCUGUCGCAUAGCAUUCUGGGAUGACAUGGUCUCGAGGCAAUAUGGCGGAUGGAGAGGAGCCGGAGAAGAAAAGAAGGAGAGUAGAGGAGCUGGCUGAGAAGUUAGUGAUGAAAUGCUAGACACUGCAGCCAGGUUUGAGGUUGCGCGGCAGAGAAUGGCAGUGGACAGUGGACAUGGGGGAAACGCCAGGGACUGGGACGGGCGGUGGAACCAUGUUCAGAAGUUCCUAGAAAGACCGGGACCAUUCACUCAUCCUGACUUUGAGCCCAGCACUGAAUCACUCCACUUUUUGUUAGAAACUUGCAAGAUUCUUGUUAUUGGAGCAGGUGGACUGGGAUGUGAACUACUGAAAAAUCUGGCCCUCACUGGAUUUCGCCAGAUUCAUGUUAUUGACAUGGACACCAUUGAUGUAUCGAAUCUGAAUCGACAGUUCCUUUUCAGAUCUAAAGAUGUUGGACGACCAAAGGCAGAUGUAGCAGCAGACUUUAUCAACAGACGUAUCCCAGGAUGCAAUGUGGUUCCAUAUUUUAAGAAAAUUCAGGACUUUGAUGAGUCUUUUUAUAGACAAUUCCACAUAAUUGUUUGUGGACUGGAUUCUAUCAUUGCUAGGAGAUGGAUGAAUGGCAUGCUGAUGUCUCUCUUGAUCUAUGAAGAUGGAGUCCUGGACCCCAGCUCCAUCAUUCCCCUUAUUGAUGGUGGAACCGAGGGCUUUAAGGGCAAUGCACGUGUCAUUCUGCCUGGCAUGACGGCCUGUAUCGACUGCACUUUGGAGCUUUACCCACCUCAGAUCAAUUUUCCAAUGUGCACUAUUGCAUCCAUGCCACGUCUACCAGAGCACUGCAUUGAAUACGUCAGAGUGUUGCAGUGGCCGAAAGAGAAGCCUUUUGGAGAAGAUGUCCCCUUGGAUGGUGACAACCCAGAGCACAUCAAGUGGGUGUUCCAAAAAUCCCAGGAAAGAGCAUCUGAAUUCAACAUCACAGGAGUUACCUACAGACUCACUCAAGGUGUUGUCAAGAGGAUAAUACCUGCUGUUGCAUCUACCAAUGCAGUAAUUGCAGCGGCAUGUGCCACAGAAGUUUUUAAAAUCGCCUCCAGCGCCUACGUUCCAUUGAACAACUACCUGGUGUUUAAUGAUGUUGAUGGCCUGUACACCUAUACUUUUGAAGCAGAACGAAAGGAGAAUUGCACAGCCUGUAGCCAGGUGCCACAGGACCUGAAGUUUGCCCCAUCUGCCACACUACAGGACAUCCUGGAGUAUCUGACAGAGAAUGCCUCCCUCCAAAUGAAAUCUCCUGCAAUAACAGCAACAAUUGAUGGGAAAAACAGAACACUUUACUUACAGACCGUAGCUUCCAUAGAAGAAAGAACAAGACCAAAUUUGUGCAAAACAUUAAAAGAGCUGGGGUUGACUGAUGGACAGGAGCUGGCAGUAGCUGAUGUCACGACCCCCCAAACAAUGCUCUUCAAGCUUCAUUUCACCUCCUAGGCCAGGUGCCUCAGAAUGUCUAUAACUUACAGUAGACAUGCAAGCAUAUAAGGAAAGGAUAUACUGUAGACAGAUCACUGAUAGUUUCUUUUCCUGUAGAUUAUGGAAAAACAAAGUUGGAAAAUAUUUAAAUAUAUUUAAGUGGUAAUGUAAAUAGAAUUCAUGUUCUGGCAAAUGGUAAAAAAAACUUUGUACUUGGGUCUGUGUAUUAACUUACAAUAUUAGUCUGUUUGCAUAUACCAGUGUUAACUGCUUUGCUAUUUUCAGUUUUUUUUUUUUUUUUAAAAAUUUCAUUUAGUUUGGCCAUAUAAAGCCAGUAAUGUUUUUCUAUGCACUGAAACCACACCGUUGCAGAAAGAGUACCGUGUCUCUCCGUAUCUCAUGGAUCCAGCGGUUUUGACCACCUUUGUCAGACCCUUGGUAUUUACUUGUUGGUGUUUACUUGGUUUUCUAUUUUUUUAAAUUCCUGUUUUUCCUGACUAACAUGUAAAUAAGUUGCAAACAUGUUGAAAAAUAAAUUUUUUCUUAAAACUUGUCUUGAUUAUGAUUUGAAUAGAUUCUGGCUGACAGCAACAACCCAUUUACCUUGUUAAUAUGUGUCAAAAACAGAAAUUUAACUGUUUAAACUUUGUCAUUAUUGUGUAAAUUACAUGACAUUAUUGUUGGUAUAAUGUACAGGUGGAUACACCAAUAAAUUAUGCUCUUUGCCAGUGCUGAUAUUAUGCAUUUAUGCACAUAAAAUUUUAUUUAUGGCUAUUUCCUCUUUAGUACUGAUUGAGAAUUUACAUAAAAAUAAAAAAGUAUAUAUUUAAUGUGCGGUCCUUAACACCUGAGCUGUAUCAUCCUCAUCGCUCUGAGAGCGUACAAUAUAUCGUUUUCAAUAAAAUGCAGAGU